GCAUAUUCAUCAAUUACAAUCUCAACCACCACCACAAUUACAAACCAAACAUUUCAACCCAACAAUUCGUUAGGCAAGUCCUCCAAGACGGCCACGACACCGAUCAUGUUAUUUUAACUGUAACUAAAGAAUCCGAACUUUUAACUCUCGGACUAGUCCAGAACAUCAACCUCUGGACUGGUAUGGAGGUUUAAGUCCCGGAGGGUAGUCCCGACAUUUUUUUAAAAAGGCUAGGGUGGCAAUUCUAAAACAGGGGGUGGGAAAUCUAAUUCCCACAGAGUUACGGUACUGUGAGCUUUUUGUACCAAGUGUGAAAUCAAAUCAAGGUGUAAAGAAGCAUCAAUUGGGGUUCUUAGAUAGCAUUGGAUCUGAUUUGACACUUGAUUUGUGUAUGUGAGAGCGAGUCUGAGAAUAGAAGGAAAGCACAAUUGCAUGCCAUGGAUGCUUUGAGAAAACAAGCCAGCAAGCUCAGAGAGCAAGUUUCCAAACAACAGCAGUUGCAGGCUGUAAUAAAGCAGUUCAGCACUAGUGGUUAUGAGAGCUCAGAUGUUGUGGUCAUUGAUGAGGGUGAAAUGCAGAUACAUCAACAGCUGGAAAAGCUGUACAAGGCCACCCGUACAAUGAGGGAAUUUCAAAAAGAAAUCGUAAAAGCAGCAGAGACAUUUACAGCUAUAGGUUAUAAACAUAUUGAAACAGGAACGAAACUUUCUGAGGAUUGCUGUAAAUAUGGAGCAGAAAACAACAUUGACAACAUAUUGGCAAAGGCUGCAUCAGUAUUAGGUGAUGCUCGCAAACAUGUAGAAAAGGAGCACGAAGAAUUAAAUCGGCUUUUAGCUUCCCAGGUUUUGGAUCCUUUGAGACAAAUGAUCAAUGGCGUACCUUUGGAGGAUGCUCGCCACCUUGCUCAACGGUAUAGCCGGAUGAGACAAGAAGCAGAGACACUGAGGGAGGAGAUCUCUAAAAGACAAGUACGGGUUAGGGAAUCUCCAACUUCCGAACAGGUUGCCAAACUGCAUGCUGCUGAGGCAAGGAUGAAGGAGCUGAAAGCAAAUAUGGCUGUCCUGGGCAAGGAAGCUGCAGCUGCAUUGGCUUCUGUUGAUGCACAACAGCAGAGGCUGACUUUUCAAAGGCUUGUUGCUAUGGUUGAAGGUGAAAAGACUUUCCAUUUAAGAGUUGCAGCUAUUCUUGGUGAAAUUGAAGCUGAGAUGGUCUCUGACAGACAGAAGAAAGAAUCUGCCCCUCCAGUGGUUGUGUCUGAGAAUGGCUCAGGGAAAACGAUGUACUUCUUGGCUGAAGCAACACAUCCCUUCUAUGGUGAUUCAGAAAAGGAACUAAGCUUUUCAAAGGGUGACUUUAUUGUUGUGCGAAAGGUGACUCCAACAGGGUGGUCCGAAGGAGAAUGCAAUGGUAAAGCAGGGUGGUUUCCUUCUGCAUAUGUGGAGAAGCGACAAAGAGUCCCCUCUAGCAACUUUUCUAGUGAAGUUUACUAGGUUCUACUAAUCCUGUGUUGUUCAUUCUUUAUUUCCUAUAUUUGGUUUUGCACUUCAUUGUUCAAAGAGGAUAAGCAAAAGGGGUGGAUAGGAUGGUGGAUUUGAUGAAAAUGACACCUCUUAUCACAAAAUGAAAAGAAGAAAAAGGUGUUUAGCUGAGGGGUAUCUUAAGAGUGACACCUGACAUGGCUUGUCCAGACAGUUUUUCCAUUUUUCACAUUUGGUCACUAACACUGUUGUAUCUUUUUACAAUUGAUUGGAAUGCAUGGGUCUUUGUUUGUGCUCA